UGGAAGAGAGGGAGGGAGUAGAAAACUCUUGCAAAGAAACCUGCAACUCUGCAAGCAACCCCACAAGGCAGCCGUUCUCCACUCUCCAUCUCGAGGAUCAAAAGUUCAAAACAACAGAGACCGAAACUCGCCAUCCACCAGACAGAAAAAGCUUCCAGCUCCCCUCGCCGAAACUCGCCGCCGUCUCCUCGCCUUCUGCCUCGCCACCGGUCCCGUCGCGGUUUCACACGCAUCCGUCCGGUGGACGGAGCAGGCUAGGUUGCCGGCUGCCCCCGGUCGUCCCUCCUUCGCCGUCGAGCUGGAGGACACGCGUAGCAACGCCGGGUUCUUCUGCGGCGAGCUGUGGUGUGGCCUCAUGGAGCCCAAGGGCGAGUUGGCUCAGAAGCCUAUUGAAGAAGCAAUCAACAGCUUGGAAAUUGAUGCUAGCACGAAGGCAAGCAAUGUCAACUUGCCUGCUAAGAAAGACGCAAGUUCUUCAGAUGCAGUAUCUUGCAUUUCCUCCGGCGAUGCAGCUAGUACUGCCAAGGAAAGUGAAAUGAACCGAGAAACUUCUUUUGGGGACCAAGGGAUGUAUUACUAUGGGUAUUAUUAUCCUGGUUCAUACGGAGGAUGGGAUGAGAAUGGCUACUUUGUUGGAUAUAAUGGCGUAGAGGUGCACCCAGCAGUGGUUCAAACUGACAAUGGUUCAUAUCUGUGUCAUCUUCCGGGAUAUGAAAAUGGAUAUGCUUCUUAUAGUCAGGUUGUUCCUGGAGGCAUUGCUAGUGUGGAUGGUCAAUAUGUCAGCAAAGAACCAUAUUAUUCCACUGCACUUCCAAUUCAGGAUCCUAGGACACCUGGCAUUUUUGCUCAGCCAAUUGCUUACAGAACUGAACUAGCAUCUGCAUACUCAUGGGACCCUUCUUUCGUUCUUCUGGAUGGGGUUCAGGGACAUCCAGUUGGUGUGCAUCAAACAAAUUAUGCUGCAAGACCAAAAUAUUCUUUUAAUAAGCAUGUUAUUCCUUCUUCGAAAGCCACCCGCAGUGCAAAAUCCGCAGCAGAUACUGUCAAAGGCUCAUCAUCAGCUCUAGAAACUGUAACAAAUGCUGUCAAUAGCAGCCCACCAUCAAAGAGUGCAAAUAAGACACCUGGUGCUUCCAUAACAAAAGGAUAUCUUCCAUAUAGCAAGUCUGUGAUGCACACUAAUAACCAAGAAAAAAACAGUGUUUAUCAAAGCAAAGGCAUCAAUGUGAAAGAAAGUGGCAGAAGCUGGAACAGCCGAGAGAAGCUUGGGAGAAGUAAGCUAAAUGGACAGGGUGAUUCUGAAUCUAAUGAGAACAACCAUACCGAUAACCUGAAACAUAGUUUGAGCCAUCGGUCUGAUGUUGUUGGAUUGUCAAGUGCAGGGGAUGCCAAUGCUAGCAUACCUUCACCUGUUGCAAUAAGCAAAAAUGCAUGCAAUCUUUCAGAUUUCGUUACAAAGUAUGAACAAGCUCUAUUCUUUGUAAUUAAGUCCUACAGUGAAGAUGAUAUUCACAAGAGUGUUAAGUACAAUGUCUGGGCAAGUACUCCUAAUGGAAAUAAAAGGCUUGACAAUGCCUAUAGGGUUGCACAGGAAAGGAUAGCAGAAAAAGGAACCAAAUGUCCUGUUUUCCUUUUCUUCUCAGUUAAUGCAAGUGGUCAGUUCUGUGGCGUGGCUGAGAUGGUUGGUCCAGUAGAUUUCAACAGGAACAUGAACUUCUGGCAACAGGACAAGUGGAAUGGUUUCUUCUCGGUAAAAUGGCACAUUAUCAAGGAUGUUCCCAAUCCACAAUUUCGCCAUAUAAUUUUGGAGAAUAAUGAGAAUAAACCUGUGACAAACAGCAGGGACACACAAGAGGUCAAUUUUUCACAAGGUACAGAGAUGUUGAACAUUUUCAAGAACUUCACAUGUAAAACAUCAAUACUGGAUGACUUUGACUUCUAUGAAAAUCGGCAGAAAGUAAUGCAGGACAGAAGAGGCAAGCUGCUUACUACAUCGUUUGAUCACCCAUUGCCAAAAGCUGAAAAAUCUCCAGAAAUUAAAAGCCAAACACAAUUGAUAAGUGGCCCAGAAGUUGGUAGAGCCAAGAGUGAUGAGGGGCAGGGCAACAAUGUUGGGAUGGUACUUGAUACAACCAAGAAAAAUGAGGAGCAGAGCAGCAAUGUUCCAGAAAUACUCGAUGCAGCCUGUAGUAACAAGGAGCAACCCAACAAAAUUGCAAUAGAAGGAUGAUGCCUCGGCUAGUUGGUCUGGGAAAACGAGAUAGCCUCUGGAACUGACUUCAACCUGAAAUGAUAAGUUUGAUGUGUGCAAUAUCAAGAAACCACCAUUGGUCAUGGGUUCUCUUCCAUUAUCUCAUGGAAGCGGGGAAAGGGAAAAAAUGAAGCAAAGGAGCUGUCUUCCCACGAGAAUUGUUCGAUGACUGGGAAAAAAGGUUCUAGGACUCAUUUAGGUUGAGGACCCUAGUGCUAAGGCAUUAGAGCGCCCUCCAUGUCUAUUUUUUCCCCAUCUUGGAGGGUCCUUUCUUUUGUCGUGUUGUGUCUUUUUUUCUCUUCUUUUUUUCUAUUAUACUGCGGCUGAUGUCCAAAGAAGCCAGUCUGCCUUAUGGGUGGGUGUGCUUUAAGGGAAUGUUUGUUGCUUUGUGGGUUGUCCUCUAGGAUGUGGUAUGUUUUGUUUGUUUUCUUUAAUCUGUGCACUUGUUCUAGAGACUGACAUAGAAGAAAAGAGAAAAAAAGAUUGUGAGGGAUUAGGAAUUAAUUACAGUAACAUUAUCUUAUGUCUCUGUUUCUUCCAUUAUCAAGAAAAGGGAACAAAAAGGAUUUUAAAA